CUGCCCACGCGCUCCCUCACUCCUGUCCUGUGCCCUAACCAGCAGGUGCACGUUUCUGGCACUUCAGCCCAACCUCUCAGGCUUAAAUCAACAUGGCAGAAGAGAAUAUAUAUGAGAAAAUAGACGAGGAGUAUUUGUAUGAAAAGCCUUUUGAUGAGCCAGAUGCUCAAAAUGAACCAAAGUACGAGAACCAGUGCGCUUUGGCUGAAAAUAACACGCCUACACCAGAAGCGAUUUACAGCGAGAUUGAUGUGCAAAACAAGUCAGGAAGAAGUUUGUCUCCGGAAUACAUGAACACUAGUGAAGCAACAGAAGAGGUACAGGAGAUGGAGGAAGCUCAGGACGGUGUAGAUUUGUAUGAGGUUCCAGCAGGGGAAAAUGGAGAAGCAGCGUCUAGACGCUCAUCCGCUUCGUCCACUGAAAGACAGCCAUGUGAUGAAGAGCAGCUUCUGGAAGCCACGUAUGAAGACAACCCUGAGGAUGGGAUGAUGAUGGCUUACUCAUUGCCGAAGGGCAGAGCCGCAGAAACAGAGGAAGAAGUGGUGGAAUACAGUCUUAAACCAGUGCAAAAUAGCAAUGAUGAAGAUGAGGAGAAACCUCUGGAUUCCAGUGAACCUGAAAUUGCACUCUUUGUCAAGGCUGGGAGUGAUGGAGAGAGCAUUGGGAAUUGCCCAUUUUCUCAGCGCCUCUUUAUGAUCCUCUGGCUCAAAGGAGUUGUCUUCAAUGUCACCACUGUGGACCUGAAGAGGAAGCCAGCUGACCUGCAUAACCUGGCUCCAGGCACACACCCUCCUUUUCUCACGUACAAUGGUGAGGUCAAGACAGACAUCAACAAAAUUGAAGAGUUUUUAGAAGAAGUGUUAGCACCACCAAAAUACCCCAAGCUGGCAGCCAAGCACAGGGAGUCCAACACAGCGGGGAUUGACAUAUUUGCAAAGUUCUCAGCUUACAUCAAAAACCCAAGGCCAGAAGCCAAUGGAGGGCUGGAGAAAAACGUGACAAAAGCCAUAAAGAAGCUGGACGAAUACCUGAACAGCCCGCUGCCUGAGGAGAUAGAUGCAGACAGCAUGGAGGAUGUGAAAAGCUCUAACCGCAACUUCCUGGAUGGCAACGAACUCACACUGGCAGACUGCAAUCUCCUGCCAAAACUCCACAUAGUCAAGGUUGUGGCCAAAAAGUAUCGUAACUACGAUAUUCCUGCUGAUAUGACAGGAGUGUGGCGCUACCUGAACAGCGCCUAUGCUCGAGAUGAGUUCAUCAACACCUGUCCUGCAGAAAAGGAGAUCGAACUGGCCUACCAGGAUGUAGCCAAAUGGCUGGUGAAAUAAAGCUCAACUAUCAGAGCAAUUAGACUUUAUAGGUGCAGUCAGAAAUAGACUGCAUUGGUUUUUGUAAAAUUUAGUUUUGUAUCAUUGAAAACAGAUCUUGCAAUGAAACCGUUCUGGUUAGCCAGAAUUCUAUUCUGCAGCACUAAAUAAAGAAAUAUGAUGACUCGGUGCAGGCCAGAGAAGCCUCAUUCCCCUGUAGUGAUUGCAUCUGAACUAUCUGUCGAGGCUAGAUGAAUUGUUUUCCCCACAAGGUUUCUUUUUUUCAUUCCUAUUAUUUAAAUAGAUUGUUAGAUUGUUGCCAUGUAAUAAAGAUACUAUUUGUCUUUGACAUGCAUAUACAUUAUGUUUAACAGUUAAAACCUUAAAGGAUCUAUUAAUUAUUAGGUUCUAGUUUCUAAUUUGAUGAUGACUUUCAGGAUUGAAUUUACAUUUAGUAAAACAUUUAAUAGGAAUGCACAAACUAGGUUUAAAGUAUUAUGAAAAUAGAACAAAUGAGCAGUGGGUAUUAAGUAAAAGUAAGUACAAUAUUAAAUAUGUCAGUAAUGCCUUAAAAUCUGUCCAUUAGGAUAUGUGCAUACAAAGAUUCCCAGCUUAAAUAUUAAAGAACUCUCUGAUUAAAAGUAUAUAUAUCUUAUUUUGAUUUGAAAGACAUCCUCUAACUUUCCUGCAACUGCAUCUUAUUGUGAAUUUUACUUAUCUUUUUGUCCAUUUUAAAAGAUUUAGUCCAGACCUAAAAUGAUAUCUGAUUAAUUUGAAAUUUGUAUUUUGAAUCGUGUGGCAAAGCCGAUUCAUGACAUGCCGUAACGCUGGUAAAUCAAGUGAAGCAGUGAAGUCGGGCUUUUCUCCAGCUUUCCUCUACUCGCAGCUCUGCUGAAAUAGCACACAGCUCCACAGACUUGAUAGGUCCUCAUGGAGCUCGCUGCUCUUGUGUGGCUUGGACAAACAUUUGAUAUGAAAGCGGAGUGUGGCGCCAGAAAGGCCUAUCCUGCAUGAACUUCUAUGAAUAAAAUAAUAUUUAUACAGGUCAA